AUGGACUCAUACAAUCACCUAACACACAAGGUGCACCUGUUGUCCAACUGUUCACACAAGGACAACCACAUGGUAGAGAAACCAUUCAAGUGUGAUAUGUGUGACCAAGCCUUCACUAAGUCAUCAACCCUUAUGAAUCAGCGACGCAUCCACAAUGGGGAGAAGACUGUCAAGUGUGAGGUUUGUAACAGGGACUUUGCACAGUCAUCAGGCCUGGUGAUUUACCAGCACAUUCACACAGGGGAGAAACCAUUCAUAUGCGAGGUGUUUGGCAAAUCAUUCUCACAGUCAUUGACCCACCUUGUACACCAACGCAUUCACACAGGGGAGAAUCCAUUCACAUGUGAGAUUUGCAAUAAAUCAUUCUUGUAUUCACCACAACUCUGCAUACACCAACACAUUCACACAGGGGAGAAACCAUUCACAUGUGAGGUGUGCGACAAAUCAUUCUCGAACUCAUCAACCCUUCACAAAGACCAACGCAUUCACACAGGUGAGAAGCUGUUCACAUUUGAGGCAUGUGACAAAUCCUUCUCGAACUCAUGA